AUGCUUUUCCUAAAACUAAUAGUAAUCACUUAUUUAACAAGGGCAGAGAAGCCUGAGUGUCAGCUGUUAGGAAGACCAGAUUUUCCUCUGCUUUCAAAGGAAGGAGAUAUUAUAAUUGGGGGAAUCUUUUCUUUUCACAGUAGUGUAAUAGAGGUUAAUACCACAUUUAACUCUGUACCGGAAUCUUUAAAAUGCAAAGAUUUAAAUUUAAAAGAGUUCCUUUUUGCUCAGACAAUGAUAUUUGCCACAGAAGAAAUCAAUAAUAGUGCUGAAUUGCUUCCUGAUGUUACUCUAGGCUAUAAGAUUUAUGAUGACUGCAGUUCUAUGCCUUUGGCAGUCAAAGCAGCAAUGGCUUUAGUAAGUGGGCAAGAAAAGACAUCCAAUAAAUUCUGCAACAAACAUUCAUCAGUUCAUGCAAUCAUAGGACUUUCUGAUUCAUCAACUACAAUGGCAGUUGCUUCUUCCUUUGGACCAUUUCAUAUACCACUGAUAAGUUACUAUGCCACAUGUGCCUGUCUCAGCAACAAGCAGGAGUUCCCCACAUUUUUCAGAACAAUACCAAGUGACUUUUAUCAAAGCAGAGCUCUGGCACAGCUUGUGAAACAUUUUGGGUGGACCUGGAUUGGAGCCAUUAGAAGUGAUAGUGAUUAUGGCAAUGCAGGCAUGACCACAUUUUUGCAGGAUGUUCAGCAGCAGGAUGUGUGUAUUGAAUAUUCUGAAGCCAUCGCAAGAGCAAGUCCAAGAGAAAAGAUCCUCAGACUAGUGAAUAUUAUUAAAAGCUCCACAUCAAAGGUUAUUGUUGCUUUUGCAUCUUUCAUAGAUUUAGAAUUUCUUAUACAAGAACUCUCACUGCAAAAUGUUACUGGCUUACAAUGGGUAGGAAGCGAAGGCUGGAUUUCUAAUGAGUACCUUGCCAUUUCUGAAAAUUACAAAGUUUUGGGAGGAUCAAUUGGAUGUGUGAUAAAUAAUGCGGUGAUUCCAGGUCUGCAGGAGUUCUUAGAGAACAUUACUGUUUUUGACAUACCUGGUAAUAAUAUUCUCAGUGAGGCCGAUCAAAGUGCAAAAGAUUGUAACUUAACAUCUGAAGACAAUCCUGAAAUAAACAAUAAAUGCAAAAUGACUACAAACAUAAGGGAAAUGAAUCUUCAAUAUACUGACGUUCCUGAGCUAAGAAUUACUAAUAAUGUCUAUAAAGCAAUGUAUGCCAUUGCUUAUUCUCUAAAAAGAAUAUACAAAUUCCAAGAUGCUAAAGGAAACCUUUUUAAUAAAACAUUUGAUAUAGGACCAUGGCAGGUACUAAAUCAAUUAAAAAUGGUUAAUUUUACUACAUAUUAUGGAGAAAAGGUAUAUUUUGAUGAAAAUGGGGACCCAACAGCAAGAUAUGAUUUAGUAAAUUGGCAGAUAAAUAAUGAGGGCAUGAUCAAGUUUGUUACAGUUGGUCUUUACGAUGCAUCUUUACCUAAAGGGCAACAGUUUAUUAUGAAUAAUGUCAGCAUUGUGUGGGCAGGAAAUCAGUAUCAAGUGCCUAAAUCAGUAUGCAGUGAGAGUUGCCCACUGGGAACCAGAAAGGCUGUGCAGAAGGGAAAACCUAUCUGUUGUUUUGACUGCAUACCCUGUGCAGAUGGGGAAAUCAGCAAUACCACAGAUUCCAUUGAUUGUAUAACAUGCCCCUUAGAAUACAAAGCAAGUGAAGAAAAGGAUGAAUGCAUAAUAAAAGAAAUUGAGUUCCUGUCAUUUGGAGAGGUCAUGGGCAUCAUACUGGUGGUAUUUUCAUUGGCUGGAGCAUCUGUUUCUGUAGCUGUGGCUGGUAUAUUUUAUCGUUACAAAGAUACACCUAUUGUGAAAGCUAACAAUUCAGAACUAAGCUUUCUCCUCCUUUUGUCCUUGUCACUCUGCUUCCUCUGCUCCCUCACAUUUAUUGGUGAGCCGUCUGAAUGGUCUUGCAAGUUGAGACACACAGCAUUUGGAAUCACAUUUGUACUGUGCAUCUCUUGUGUUCUUGGGAAGACGAUAGUUGUCUUAAUGGCAUUUAGAGCCACACUUCCAGGAGAUAACGCUAUGAAAUGGUUUGGACCGACACAACAGCGGUUAAGUGUUCUCACUCUAACAGUCAUACAAAUAAUGAUAUGUGCAUUGUGGUUAAUAGUGUUUCCUCCAUUCCCUUCUAGGAACCUUCAGCACUAUAAGGACAAGAUAAUUCUGGAAUGUGACCUUGGAUCUACAACUGUAUUCUAUGCUGUGCUAGGGUACAUUGGUGUUCUUUCUAUAAUGUGUUUUGUCCUCUCUUUCCUAGCACGUAAGCUGCCAGAUAACUUCAAUGAAGCCAAAUAUAUUACAUUCAGCAUGCUGAUAUUUUGUGCUGUAUGGAUCACUUUUAUCCCAGCCUACAUUAGUUCCCCAGGAAAAUUUACUGUUGCAGUAGAAAUAUUUGCUAUUUUGGCAUCAAGUUUUGCUUUGCUUUUUUGCAUCUUUGCUCCUAAAUGUUAUGUAAUAUUGCUAAAACCUGAAAAGAACACAAAAAAGCAUUUAAUGGGCAAAAUACCUUCAAAAUCAGUCUAA